AUGGUGACCCAGGGAUCAAAUUCUCCAAUAGCGGUGAUUGCGGUGACUAUCGGGGCAUUUGCUGUCAUCGUUGUUGCAAUGAUAGUGAUUGCCUGCCAAGUGCGCAAAAAUGCAGCUCGUGCUUCAGCCUCAAACUCCUUAAAAGAGAAAACCAAGCAUCAGUCGGACACAGAAAUGCUGCAAAAGCUGGAGUCUCUCUGUCCCACCAAAUCGUAUGACGAAUGGAUAGAACGCUCCCAGGUCGAGCAAGACUUGUCUGAUCGCGCUUCGACGCGCUUUACAUGGUAG